AUGAAGUUUCUUUCUGCAGCUACCAGCGUGCUGUUUAACAGCUUGUCCGUUCCCGUCUAUGCCAUGUUCUCAGCCGCGCAUGGGAUCCCCCUCCAACCAGUGCCCGUGCAGGACUACACUUUAACUUUCACAUGUGGCAGGACCUUGUACCCUAACGGACAAAUCGACUUCGUUCUUGGGAGAGUCUACGGAACUAGAAGAGAAUCUAGACCCUAUCCAAUGGUAUUCAACAAAAUAAGUUAUGGGGUAUCUACCACCGUCUACAUCUUUCCUCUUCUGCCAAAUUUUAGAUUAUACAGUGAUGAAAAAAAUCCGAAACAUUUCUUGGUCUUCACUGAUGACAAGUUAGUUUUGGGCGGAGUGUAUCUUGAAGAUACGAAUGAGGGUCGUGUAUUCAAGCCAUGUUACUUUCCUAUGCGUACGAGAUUCUUGGCGACUUGA